CCCGCUUGCUCAUUCCCGAGAUUUGAUGAUUCUCACUUGACGAUGCUCGUCCUCGCCUUAAGACCAAGACCAUCGUUAGUGAUCAUGUAUAGACACGGAUCCCGUUCGACUCUACUAGAUGGGCAGCAGCUACCUACUUAGAUGCCUUGGCACGUUUCAUUUUUUUGCUUGGCGAGCGUUGUCCGCUGGCACACGCGCGUCGCGUCUCUUCUUCCAUGCUCCACAGCCUUCUUCUCGCCGUGUGUUCCUGCACUUACAUACUUGCCCCGAUUCGCCGGCUAGUGCCGCAUCAGAUACGUCACACGGAUUCUUGGACUAUUAUUAUAGGUUUGCAUGUUCCGCUGUACCCUAGCUGAGCGAGGCGUCUUUGUCGGACGAUCCACGAACUCCUUUCGUUA